CCAUAUCCACCAGGAGUAGAUCGCCUCUUCUACCUUUCAUAUGUCGGGCCCAUCAUUGGACAACAUCUGCGGGCAGCUACAGCAUGGAAGACCGACCCAUAGACAGAGGGGGUCCUCCGCCGUAUCCGGGCUGCGCAAGCUACUCGUCCACCUCGAUAGCGGGCGUCAGUGCCAGCCCUGGUCCCGGCGGCUACCCGAAUGCCUCCUUACCCUACAUGGGAUCCCCGUCCCGUGGGCCGGGAGGUGGAACUGGCACGAUGUCCUACAUGAACAGCAGCAGGCAUCCCAGUGGGGGUAAUUCGCCUUCGCCCUUUGCACCGGGCGUCCCCAGUCAACCGUACAGGACAACCUACGCCUCCCCCUCCUUCUCUUGCGCCACGGGCGCUUCGGGCACGGCCUCCCCCUCCAACUUGCACGGGAGGGUAGGCUUGAUGUACCAGCAACACCCUCACAGCGGCGCAACUUCACCGCGUGUCGGUACUGCACCCCUUCCCCCGUCUUCUGGCCCCUUUUCAAGCGGACAUUCGGGGCAAGGCGCAUCGCCAUCUGGCGCCUUGUAUUACUCACCUCGCGCAGCUGGCAGUGCUGCGGGCGGGCAAUAUGGAGCACAUCCGAGCUCUUAUGUGUUCGAUGGAUGUGCUCCAGGUACUACCGCCCGUCAGAGAAUGCUGGGGUCAGCCUCGAUUGUCUCGUCACGAAUUGAUCCAAACGUAUCCACUUCGUCGUGGCCGGCGCUGUCGCCCAACGCCAUGAGCAAUCCAGACCAUUCCAUCAAGGGGAGAGGUAGCGAAACGCCUGAAACGUACUCUGGAAGCCUGCCAGACGAAAAGCCACUCGUUCUUGCUGCUAGAAAGAGGGGUCAGGCUUCGAUGGAGGAAGAUGACAGCGUCGAUCUCUCGGAAGGCAAGAAGGGAGACAAAUUUGCGAACAAGAGGAACCGCGUGCAUUUCAGCUGCACCGAAUGCCACCGCCGCAAGCAAAAAUGCAAUCGCGAGACGCCAUGCAACCACUGUAUUGCGCGCAAGGUUCCUGAAAAAUGCAAAGUCUUCCAGCCUGGUGAGGACGCCAAUGACAUGCAAUCGCGGGUUGGCCGUCUCGAAAAGCUCUGCGAGAGCUAUCUUCCUGCCAUUCUGGAAAAGCUCGAAGAGCAAAGCGAAAGGCAGGAGGCGAUCGAAGGCACAUUGCGAGAGCGCGAGACGUCGGGUAUGAGUGGAUGGGACAGGCACUCUCUACGUGAACGUGCCGGAGCCGCAGUUUUCCAACAACAGCCGCCUUUAGAUCCAGAGGGCGUACACCUACCUCCUCUCGCAUGGCCGACAGAUGAGAGUCGGCGAACCGCUUUGAUGGGCGUCAUGCGCCCUCCAAGCCGGGGCGCCGGCCGACCCGGCAGCUCCCACUCCCGUACAGAUGGCCCCACAUCAACUUUAUCGGCCGUCGCGGCGGCGGCUGCCGCUGCUGCUGCUGCUGCGGCAGAGAACGACGCGACAAACGUCGACGAGGGUCGGCUGGACCCGAAAACGGGCAGCUUCCUUGGAAGCGGCGCAGUCAGCAUGAGAAUCAACCGGCUGCUGGAUGUCCUGCCCACAGCUUCUUCAGCUCGGAGGUCGCGUUCUAAACCGCGGGGGGGUGGUGCUAUUGGCGAAAAUGCACAUGUAGGAGACACAAGAACGGAUAGUGACAAAGGGGAGGACGCAGCCGACAAUGACAAUAGCAGGAGUUCUGCUUUGAUUGAUCCUUCUUUGGAUGACAUGACCGAUAGGAGAAGUAGCGUUGUAACAGAUGCCGAUGAUGACGGUACUGCCAGGCCAGGCACCUCGAGCGAGGAAGAGGGCAAUGUGGGCGACCCCGUGCGGACGAUCGAGUCUGCUCCUACCGAGCUUGAAGAAGCUCUGGCAGAGUACGGUGUCCUGGAUGGCGAAUGCGCACAACUAUUGGCCGCUUUGCCAUCAGAAGAGCUGGCGCGCAAGCUGAUUGACCACUACUUCAACGACAUUAACUGGAUGCGGUCCCCCAUGCCACGCAAGACCCUUCUCCCCCUUUUUGACGACUUCUGGAAGAGCGGUCCAAAGCUCACGAUCACCAAUCUGAACAUCUUUGCGGUGCUCAUGAGCACCUGUGCGCUCGCCUUCACCAGCGCGCCCUUUGAGGAUUCUGAGUCGUCAGAGGAACAGCCAAAGGAAGCGAAGAGCGUCGACCGGAUGUGCUCACCAAAGGGCAGGAUGCUGGCAGCUCGGAGGUUCAACUACGCUGCGCAUCGGGCAUUGCUCGCCAGCUCUACACUCGGCAUCGAAGAUCUGAAUCAGGUCAUGGGCUGGGUGCAGUCGACCAAAUUCCUCUUCCUCGAUCGGCGCAUCUCUGAGGCAUAUUUUGCAGCAGGCUCCGCAGCCAAGAGCGCUUUUUCCCUCGGCCUCCAUCGCGACGGCUCCAAACUUGGUCUGUCGCAUGAGCAAACACAAUUCCGGCGCAUAGCCUGGAGCAUCGUAUACUACGGUGACAAGACGCUUGCGCUCAACCUCGGUCGCCCGACGAACAUCCUCGAUAGCGUUUGCGACGUUAAGGGCCCUACGGCCGAAGAGCUUGACGACGAGUAUCCGCAUCCUGUGUCAGAACCGUCUCAGCCGAUGCCGGAGGGCGUAGCGAAGCCGACGUGUCUGACCUACACAACCUUCCGACACAAGAUCGGCGCCAUCAUGUCACGCGUCGUCGACAUUUACCAAGAAGUGCACCGCCCUGCGCACUACAAAGAUGUCUUGGCGAUCGAUACGAGCCUAGAACAGCUGCGAGCAGCGCUGCCAUACUACUUUCGAUGUAAGCUGAAUGCCCAGGACAAGAUCGAGAUCGAUAUAAGUCUCGACAGUGCAUUCCCUUUCGUCCCCGUCCAACGUUUCCUCAUCGAAGCAGAGAUCAACUUCCUGCGCAUAGCUCUUCAUCGUCCAUUUUUGCUCCGCUCAGCUGGAUCACAUGGUGCGCGCUACAUUCCCUCACGGCGAGCUUGCAUCCAGGCGGCUCACCUCGACUUGAAGCUGCGCAAUCACUUUGUGCGCUAUCUGCAGGUCCGCUACGGACACAACAACAUCCCACUGCACUUCCGUGUGCACCUUGGAACUUACAAGUGGUUCAAUUCGUUGCUCAUCUGCGGAAUUGUCCUUCUUAUCGAGCCUCACGCGCAAGAUGCCACGCAGCUCAAGUCGCACCUCGCUGACUAUAUCAAGAAAGCCGAUGAGUUGAAGAAGAAAGCGGUGGUUCGCGACGACAUCAGCGAAAAGGAGGCAAGUACUCUGCGUCUAUUCAUGACCAGAAUCGAACAGCUACAAGAGAAGGGAAAUCCUUCCAAGUCUGCAAAGAAGCGCAACAGAUUUGCCGAGCAAGAUUAUGAGUCCGGAAACAAAGCUGUGAAGCGCCCGAAUGGGCGCACAGAGGAGGAAGCCGGACUUCUCUUAGGACUCGGCCAGCAGGCACGGGAUGCCUCAAUAAUGAGCCCGGUAUCAUCUAGCGCUGCAACGCCGCGAAUUCGCGUUCCCAGUAGCGUCGACGGUGUUCCCUCGACGGUCCGCGCUGUAGGAGCUCUGAACAACAACAGCCCUGCGGCGACGACGCCGAGCCUCAACGGCGAGCAUUAUCAUAGCCCUGCUGUGCAAAGCGCGACGGAGGACGCUCAGCACAUCUUUGACGCAUGGUAUCGAGCAGAAAUGGCGUCCGGCGGAUCCAUCAUGGAUGCCGCGUUCGGUCAGCAACCACCGUUCUUGGAACGCAGUCCACAGGCAUUUGCCAUUCUGCCAGGCGCUCCAUACACAGGCACGAGCUCUGCCUCUCCUCUACCUGGUGCAAGCGGUGCGGGUGGCUCCUCAGUGCAUGGCGGGCCAACGUGGGCGGUAUUGCCUCAGCCUCAGUGGGUUGAUGGCACUACAGGUGCGUCUUUGAUGGGCCACGCGAUGACAAUCACGGCCAACGGAGGAGUUGGACCGGAAGCAGGUGGCAUAACUCAUGAUCUGCAGACCGUGCGUGCUGCCGGAACCAUCCCACCUGAGGAUCUAAACGAACCGGCCGGCAGUGGCUUCCAACCUGCCGACGCUAGCAACACGCAGUUCUGGCAGGACCUGAUCAAGCGGAUCGCUCCAUGAUGAUGCGACAAGCCCACAAGUAAUUGGUACAGAAAUGUUGUAUGAUACAGUGUACAAAAUGUCUCAAUGGAGUCCCACAAGUAGUCUCG